AUGUAUCAGCAAGCCCUAGAGCGAUACCCAAAUGACGCUGCAAUUGAUAAGGCCGAGGAAGCCCGCAUCGUUCGCAAGCUGGAUAAGCGUAUUAUUCCAGUAUUGGGGAUAUGCUAUUUCUUCUAUUAUGUCGAUAAAACAACGCUGUCAUAUGCUGCUAUAUUCGGCAUCAAGGAUGAUCUCAACCUUCGAGGUACUCAGUACUCAUGGCUAUCAUCACUGUUCUACUUUGGUUGGCUGGGAUGGGCCAUCCCUUCCAAUCUGUUGCUGCAGCGUUCACCACCAGCCUGGUAUCUUUCAUUCAAUAUCUUCAUGUGGGGGGCUCUUCUCAUGUGCCAAGCGGCUGCGAACAACUUCGCAGCGCUCGCUGCGUUGCGCGUCUUAUCGGGCGCAUUCGAAGCCAUUGCGGAUCCGGCAUUCAUGCUGUUUACCUCGAUGUUCUACACCCGCGAGGAGCAACCAUCGCGAAUCUCGGCGUGGUACGCGUUUAAUGGUAUUGGAGUUGCAGGAGGAGGUCUCAUAGGCUACGGCAUUGGCCACAUAAAAGGUGCUUUGGCAUCUUGGCGAUACGAAUUCCUAAUCGUUGGGGCGUUCUGCGCUGUCUGGGCACUUGCACUGCUCUAUGUGCUCCCCAACUCCCCAACGACGUUCCGCGGCUUUUCCCACGAUGAAAGGCUCCUCAUCAUUGCUCGCAUGCGCCGGAACCAGACCGGCGUUGAACAGAAACACAUCAACUGGGCCCACGUGAAAGAAGCCUACUUAGACUACAAAACAUAUCUGUUCGCCCUUCUCGGCUUCCUCGGCGCAGUACCCAAUGGAGGCAUCUCCAAUUUCUCAACUCUCGUCAUUCAAGGUCUAGGCUUCAACAGAUUGCACACUGCUCUCUUGGGAAUACCACAAGGCGUCAUCGUCGUCAUUUGGAUCGGCCUCGGUGCUGUGAUGAACAAGUAUAUGCCGCCAAAUAGUAGGACCUGGGUCUGCGCAGCGUUCAUGCUGCCGACUAUUGCCGGAGCAUUGGGUUUCUUGCUAGCUCCACACGACGCAUAUGUUGGUCGACUCAUUUGCUUCUACCUCACCGGCUCUUACCAAGCAUCCUUUGUCAUCGGCCUCUCGCUAGUCACCAGCAAUACCGGUGGGCAGUCAAAGAAGAUGAUCGUAGCUGGAAUGACCUGGUUCGGAUCCUGCGUCGGUAGCAUUUCGAGCCCGUUCUUCUACAAGUCCGACCAGUCCCCCCGGUACCCACUAGGCAUCGGAUCUCUCCUCGUCGCCAACUGCCUCGAGCUCGCUCUCUUCUUCGUCUUCCGCUACGCUUUCAUUUGGGAGAAUAAGUGCAAGGAGAAGCAGCGAGAGCACCUUCGCGCUCAAGGUAUUGUGUCGGACGAUUCGGAUGGGCUGAACGCUACGGCCUUCCAGAAUCUGUCGGAUAAGGAGAAUCCUAACUUUGUCUAUGUAUAUUAA